UUGAUUGGUUAUAGGUACGAGGAGGAGCGAGUAAAGCUGUACCAACAACUCGACGAGAAGGACGACGAGAUUCAGCGAGUCAGUCAAGAGCAUGAGAAACUGAAGGCUCAGGUCUUGUUGCAAGACGAAUCGAUUCAAGCGAUGCGAGAGAAUGAGGAGACGUUGCGUGAAGAGCUUGUUCGCAUUCAGAAGGAAAGUGACGACAAACAGAAUGAAACCAAAGAGAUGAUUUCUGCUAUCGAAGAUAUCGCCGUCCAACUUGAGGUGCGAAACGCUGAAUAUGAGAAAUUGAAGAAGGAGCUUGAAAUCGUGAUGGAAGAGAACCAGCAACUAGAAGAUAGUUCAAGUCAAGCGACUAGUGCUCUGAAUGCGCAUUUGGAUGAGUGUGGUCCCAAGAUCAAGCACUUCAAGGAUGCCAUAUAUAACAUCAUCCGCGAAUAUAACAUCGCAGAUAUCGUCAACCAGAAUGAUGUCCUUCCUGACCAUGAACUUCUCAACCACAUGCGAAUCGGAGUCUCAAAGCUUUUCAGUGAGAACACAGCUGCGAAAGAG